AGGAGUGUGUGGAUCCCGGGCUGGUUCUUAAGGAGAGUCACUAGAAGCUGAUGUGAUCCUGGGGUGUGCCUAAUGUUUCGUCGCCGGUGAGAAACUAACAGAAAAUAAUAUGGGUCACCACGAUGAGCGGGCAGCAGGGGGCGCUGUGACCGCUUCUUCUCCCAGGAAACCAAAUAAGGAAGUGACGUUCUGCGUGUGACGGUGUCACGUGGAAACGUGAAGCACGGCGGACACCGGGAGUGGGUUCACGAGGGGCUCGGCAGGCGGCGGGACCGGGAGCGGACUUCAGAGCAGGAUGGGGGACAUAGUAGAGGACGAGGCGAGCUUCUACUCCAAUGCUGAGGACUACUGGAAGGAGAUCUCUCCCACGGUGGACGGCAUGCUGGGGGGAUACGGCAGCAUCUCCAACAUCGACAUCAACGGGUCCAAGACGUUCCUGCAGAGAUUCCUCGGAGAUGGCGAGGGGAAGACGGGCUCGGGCUGCGCUCUGGACUGCGGCGCGGGCAUCGGGAGGAUCACCAAGCGUUUGCUGCUGCCGCUGUUCAAGACGGUGGACCUGGUGGACGUGACGCAGGAGUUCCUGGACAAAGCCAAGACGUACCUGGGGGAGGAAGGCAAGAGGGUGGGCAACUACUUCUGCUGCGGCCUGCAGGACUUUGUGCCAGAAAGCGGGCGCUAUGAUGUCAUCUGGAUCCAGUGGGUCAUUGGUCACCUGACAGACGACCACCUGGUGGACUUCCUGCGCCGCUGUCAGAAGGCGCUGCGGCCCAACGGUGUCAUCGUCAUCAAGGAUAACGUGUCGUACGAGGGCGUGAUCCCGGACGAGGUGGACAGCAGCGUGUGCCGCGACCUGAACAUCGUCUGCAGCCUGGUGAGGAGAGCGGGCCUCCGCAUCGUCCACCAGGAGCAACAAAAGAACUUCCCCAAGGAGCUGUACCAGGUCCACACGCUGGCCAUCAGAUAGAGGACGAGCGGCGAGGGGGCGGGGCUUUCAUAGUCUGUUUUCCAGCGCGUGUUACUCUAACUCUGGGGUUUGUUGUCUGUUCUGGGGUCGCCCCCAGACUACGAACUGCAGCGUCAGCUGGAGAUCGCUCCGGCAUCAACAACAAACGUCACUUCCUGCAUCGGGACUUUCUGAGCAGUUUUCCGCAGACGUCCACCGGACGCAGCUGCGCCGCCAUCUCCCAAACACUGUCAGCUAACCGCCGUUUGUAGGCGGCAGGAGCGUUUGCUGCUUUUAUAUCGCCGAGUAUUUUUAAAGAGAUCGCUUUAGGAAAAUGAGUGAUGGACGGGUAUGUUCUUUUUGGACAUUUUAUAAGGAAACUGCCCAAAAAUAAAUCAAACAGCGGAUUAGCCAAUAAUUAAAAAGGAUGUAUUUAUUGCAGCGCUCAGUUAUUGAUGUCUGUGGUUGAACGAGGCGCUUUAAUCGUUUUUCUAACGUUCUCUUUAAGGUGUUUUUAUAUGUAUGUGAAUGGCUGUGUCCAGGUUACCGGGUUAGGAGCGAUGGACAGGAGUAAAGAGCACCUCAGGCAUGUGGUGGACCAUGGCUCGGCAGGAGAUGCUGGAAGUUGGUGUGCAGUGGGGGCGGAGUCAGUGCUGGAAGUUGUUUACCUCAGGAAAGCUUAAAGAUAAAGGAAACUGA